AAAAAUGGAUAUAAGAAGAAUCUUAGACAUACAUAUAUUUACCAACUGUAACAAGCUUAUAACUGUUUUGUCUACUUCACUUGGGCAGGUUAUUCAUGUUCCAAGGCGAUUUACAAUCAUGUUAAGGAAUUUUACAAUGCUUUUCUCCAUUUAUAUUGUAGGUUAUUUGUAGUGGAGCAAUUCAGAACACGUACAUUGAUAAUUGGUACUACUGCAGGAGUGGGAUUCCAACCAGGGACCUUAUCAUGCGUCAACGCUUAACCAGCUACUGCGAUCCUUCACUUAAACAUUAAUCGGCAAAGCUUAAAAAAAAGGAGGAGGUGUGGAAUCUAAAGCAGUUCAUCUCUUACAGAUAGAAAAUUAAACAUGUGAGUGAGGAAUUUAAGAUGGCAUAUUUUACAACAUCGAAUGAAACUAGGAGCGGUUGAACGCUAAAGAAACGGAACCAAACAUUGUGACCGCGAUGCAUUAACUGCAUUUUAGAGGGACGGACAUACCGGAAACUCUUUUUCUAAGAAAUUUCUUUUUGAGUUGCAUCGCCUUUGACAUACUUCAUCCUGUUUAAUGAAUAAAUUAGUUGUUGUUCGUAUAUGAACAAUGAAUACUGUUUUUACAAAGUUAAGAGUUUCUUUUUCACGACACAUUAAUGCCUUGGAGCGGACGGGAUCCAUAUUAGGGUCUGUGGUUGUAAAACAGCACCCACUGCUUGGCAGUCUCUUACCUAGUGAUGGAAGAGAGUACAAGUCGAUGCCAACCCAUGGAAUUGGACGAUAUUCUCACCUAAUACCAAAAAAUUCGUUCUCCCUAAAAAAGGUAAAGUCAAAGAGGAGGAAGAAGUUCUUAAAGGUGAAAGAGAUCAGUGAGGGGACAGAGACUGAGUACGGAGUACUGAACUUGACAGUCUCCGGCUAUGACAUGACUCUGGUCUCCCAUUACACCCAGUAUGCCCACCAUCUCUGCAAUCACCUUAAGAUUCCAGUGAGCCGCAGCUAUGGUUUGCCAACAAGGACCACAGAGAUCUUGCUCAUGAAGGAGCACAGCGCCAAGUUGGUUGUAGAUGCUGUGCUCAAAACCCACAUACGCGUAAUCCAGCUCAAGGAUCUCAGUGCUACGAUGUGUCCUUUGCUUAUUGAAGUACUACUGAAGAACCAGCCUGAGGGAGUUGACUUGUCUCUGAAACAGCACACACAGGCCGAUUUCCAGGCACGGUUCAAAUCUCGCCCAGAAAUGGAGGAGCUGUUGGCACAGUUGAACAACUAAUCACCACAAGAUGAGAUAUUCCUUCAGAACACCAUGUGUACAGCAUUUCCUUCAGACAGUCUUUGUACAUCAAAUGCUGAUUAAAAGGAUUGUGUGUAUUGUGCUUUUUUUUAAACAAUGUAAGGGAACUGUAUUCCUGUAUGACAUUAGAAGAAAAUUAUUCCUAUGAGUGAGGGGUACCUGUGGAAAAUAAUUCAUCUGGGAACAUAAAUGUAUUCAAGAUAAUCAAUGAAUGGUUUAUAAGCCAGCUAGAGGUAAGUAUUGUUGAUCAGGCUGAGCCUGGCAGUCAUAGCCAGUGUUAGUUCUAAACAAAUAACAAAGAUAUGUAAUUGACAGAAGGGUAUUUUACUGGGUGUUGCGGUGGCGCAGCGGGUUUGUCCAGGGUCUGCUCUCGGGUGGGUCUGGGG